AUGUCAGACGAACAAUGGGUAGUAAAUAACAGAUUGAUCGACGCUGCCAAGCGUGGUGAAGAAGAUAGUUUGGAGGCAUUCAUUUUGGAUCAAGAGAAUAAAGUAAAUAUCAAUGCAAAGGAUGCUGUUGGACAGACCGCUAUGCAUUGGGCAGCACGUAAUGGACACGACGGAAUCAUCAAGAUUCUCAUCAAGUACCGUGCAGGUCUCAAUGUUGUCGAUCCACAAGGUGAAUCACCAGUUUUCAAAGCCGCAUUCAAAGACCACGUCGAUUGCAUUCGUCUACUGGUUGCGACCGGUAAGAUUGAUUUGACCCUAAAGAAUAAAGAUGGUCAAACACCAUUAAACAUUGCCAAAUCCGAAGGUGCUCGUAAAUUAUUAGUACCAAAAGCUAUUAUCACAUCUGAUGAUGAAGAUGAAAGUGAUCCAGAAGAUAGUGAUAGAGAAGAUUAA